CCUAUCACUCUCUCUCUCUCUCUCUCUCUCUCUCUCUCUCUCUCUCUCAUCCUAUACCCUCCACCUCUCCCCCAUAAUUAAAUUAAGCAUUAAAGAAAAUCCAUCUUCCUAUCCCUUCACUUUGUAUAUAUAAUGGUGUUCUGAGGUCCUUACCACCUCACCAUGACCAUGUUUUUGUUGCCUCAUCUUUUCAUGGUUUGAGGCCCUAAACCUUUUUUCUUCUCUCUUCAAACCCCACAAUCCAAUUAGAUUCAGAGUCCCCUCCAGCCUCCUCUCUUGGCCACAACUCCCUCAACCCUUAGGUAUAAUUUUAUAGAGCUGGAAAUUUGUCUUCAAGCCAAAAGCCAUGAGUAGGAGGAAUGGAAGUGGUCCAAAGCUUGAUCUGAAGCUGAACCUGUCACCACCAAGGGCAAGUAAUAAUAAUCCACUGGUGCAGUCACCAAGAAGAUCAGCUACUGUUUCACCAACAUCACCACCAAGCUCAUGUGUUUCCUCUGAGCUCAAUCAGGAAGACAAUUUCAGAUACUCAAACAGCCCUGAGGCCGAGGCCACUUCCAUGGUGCUUGUGGGUUGCCCAAGGUGCCUCAUGUAUGUGAUGCUUUCAGAAGAUGAUCCAAAAUGCCCCAAAUGCAAGAGCACUGUUUUGCUUGACUUUGUUCAUGACAACAACUACAACAACAACCCAACAACAACCAUGAAGACAAGGAGGAGCUAAAAGAGCUAUAAAACAAAAAAAAUAGCUAGAAGGAGCUCAGAGCUAGAGUAGUUUAUCCCCCUUCUUUUUCGGUUUCUGCAAUUUUUACUAGGACUUAAUGUUAGGCUCUUUCUAUUUUCAACCCUUUUCUUCCUUUAUGGGGGUAGCGCUAUUGGCGCUCCAUUUUCAGCUGCAUUUCCACUAUUUGGGUGGAAAAAGAUUUGAUUCAAACAGGGCUUAAUUCAACUUCAGUUGGGUUGGGCCUUGAUUUGUUCAACUUGACCAGACACGCUAUCAACGGAACUUCGAUAGGUGUGUUUGGGAAAAGAGUGGAGCGCGCAUAACACUACCUAUUUGUUUCUGUUUUUUCAUUUUUCACCUCGCUAAUCAUAGAAAUUAGGUUAUGGCUGAUGGACAAGUGGGCAUGCAACAUGGGGCUUGGUAGAGUUGGCUGUGUUUGUUUUUCUAGUUUUGUGUUUGUUUCUGCUUUUGUUAACCCUCUAGCAGAAGACAAUGUAAACCGGUUUUAACUGUAACUGCCGAAAUUUUCAUAUGAAAAAAAUGUUAGGUCA